GAAUGCGUGCCUCAAGUGAGAGAGACAGCGAAGGAGCCGCGCGAAUGCUCAAUAACAUUAUAUUCGACAGCAUCUCUCUGCGGUGGAAUUCGUCGGUGCCGACUUGGCGGAUCGAUUCGGCGCCGGUGUCCGAGGUGAUGGACGAAAUCGUUUCGUGCGCACGAAUCGGACAGUGAGAGUGGACGCCGUGCACCUGCCGCCAAGAAGAGAUCGAGAGAGACCUUGAGUGAGGAAGACGACGAAGCCUGCAGCCGGCCAUAAUAACAAAGCCGAGUUGUUUUUACUCGUCUGGUUUAGUGAAGCAUGUCAGUAUGGCCGGGUUGGAUGCUGUGUCUCGACUGCUCGACAGGAACAGGGAACUGAUUUCGCGCGAGCUCGAGUCGACCAAGAUCCUCGGCUUGCUGGUGAAAAAGGGUGUGCUCUCGGUCGAUGAGGAGCAGGCCGUCAACAGCCACACCGACGCCAACCUCCGGUGCGACGUCUUCGUCAGGGUGCUCGCCCAGAAGGGGUUGUCCGCCUUCAGGGAGCUGUGCUACGCCCUCGAGAAAGAGUGUCCUCAUGUGCUCACCAGCCUGCUCGUCGACGCCGGCAGCAAUAACGCUGCAACAGGCGAGAAAAAGCAAAUCGAGCUGCCAAAGAUGUCGGAGAGCCAAGUGAACGGUGGCACUCCUGGCAGCGGCUCGAGUUCCUCGCUGUCCCUCAGCUCUGGCAACGGAGUUCUCGAGGAAAGUGGUGAUGACAUCGCCGAAAAGAGCAACCGACGCGAUGCAUCUCUGCCGUCGCCGCCACCGCAGCAAAGCGAAAUGCCCCUCAACCGAGUGAGCGCGCCGGUGGCGAUGGAGGCGCAAGUGAGACGAGGUCUGACGGCUCGGCCACCCUCGCCUGAGCACCAACUCGCGUCGCCCAAGCACCAGUCCGCCUCCUCCAUUCCAGCCCUUCAAGAGGUACUUGAAGAGCCUGUCGAAGAAAUGGGAGGCGAGCGCAUUUCUUGGGAGUACCACACCGUCAACCUCAGCAGAGUGCCUGGCUAUGGCUUCGGCAUCGCUGUGAGCGGCGGCCGCGACAACCCGCACUUUGCAAACGGUGACCCCGCCAUCGCCAUCUCGGACGUCCUCAAAGCCGGCCCCGCCGAAGGCAGAUUACAGGUGAACGAUCGCAUCCUCAGCGCCAACGGCGUGCCCCUCGAGAACGUGGACUACAGCACGGCCGUGCAGGUUUUGCGCGACUCGGGACACACAGUGCAGCUGGUGGUCAAGCGCAGGGUCGUCCUGCCCCCGACCGGCAGCAACCCCAACGUGGCGGCCGCCGCCGAACCCACGCAGACCCUCAGGGUCUCGCUGGCCAGGGGCAAGAAGAAGGACGACUUUGGUCUAGUCCUAGGAUGCCGGCUGUUUGUCAAGGAGGUGGGCUCCAGGUGUCGGGAGGCUGGUCUCAGGGAGGGAGACAUCCUGCUCUCAAUAAACGCCCUCCCGACCGAAAACAUGACCCUGAAAGAGGCUAAGAAGUUGAUGGACUCCACAAAGGAACGACUGAACCUAGUUGUACGAAGAGAUCCUCUGGCCCAAAACGCCAGCAACCUUUCCAGCAUGGGAGCCACCAGCUUGAGCAGAGAAGGACUUCAAAAAACUUCAAACAGCAGCAACAACUUGCUGAUGAACUCGUCAGGCUACUCUUCACAAAAUCUCUACGUCCAGCCGCCGACAAGAGGAAUGGCCGGACAGUCUUCCUUUUCCGACCCUGACAAAAGCAGCAAUCUUGCCCCGAGGACGACGCCUGGACGGUCGAGGGGGCCUUUGAUGGACGUUUCCCUCAGUCAACUUGACAGGCCAGCGACUCCAGCCGAUGACGGUUCAGGGCCUCCGCCUAGACCUGCCCUUCCCAGACCUGAGGAUUAUUACAGCACCAGACGGCAACUGUACGAUGAAGACCCUCUCAGCAGGAAUAAACUGCCAAUGCCUGAUCCUCGUUACAUCACAUUCCAAAAAGAGAGUUCGGUCGGAAUCCGACUGACCGGCGGAAACGAGGCCGGCAUCUUCGUCACAGCCGUCCAGCCUGGCUCUCCUGCAUCCCUGCAAGGUUUGCAGCCGGGAGACAAAAUCCUCAAGGUCAAUGAGACUGAUGUCAAGGGCAUGACUCGCGAAGAGGCUGUUUUGCUGCUGCUGGGCUUGCAGGACCAGGUCGACCUCAUUGUCCAGUACAGGAGGGAGGAGUACGACCAGGUCGUUGCCAACCAGCGAGGAGACUCGUUCCAUAUCAAAGCUCACUUCAACUACGACCAACCCAACAAGGGUGAAAUGUGCUUCCGAAAGGGUGACGUUUUCCAUGUGACGGACACUUUGUACAACGGGGUGGUCGGUUCGUGGCAGGUCUACCGGAUAGGGCGGAACAACCAGGAGGUGCAGAAGGGAAUAAUUCCCAACAAGGCCAGGGCCGACGAACUCGCCGCGGCCCAACUGAGUGCGAGCAAAAAAGAACUCACCGCCUCUGAGAGCCGAGGCAGCUUCUUCCGGCGCAGGAGGAGCAACCACAGGCGCUCCAAGUCCCUAAGCAAAGAUCACUGGGAUGAUGUGGUUUUCGCUGACAGCAUGAACAAAUUCCCUGCCUAUGAGAGGGUGGUUUUGAGACACCCUGGUUUUGUUCGACCUGUUGUUCUUUUUGGACCGGUCGUGGACGUGGCCAGAGAAAAGCUCUUGAGGGAUUUCCCCGACAAAUUCACGUCUCCCCAAACUGAGUCUACGGACAGUGAGAAGGGAGGCAAGGCCUCCAGCAUAAUUCGACUCUCAGCAAUCAGAGAAAUGGUUGAUCGUGGCAAGCACGGCCUGCUCGACAUCACUCCCAACGCUGUGGACAGACUGAACUACGCCCAGUUCUACCCCAUUGUUGUCUUCCUGCGGGCGGACAACAAGCAGGUGGUCAAGGACAUUCGGGCCGGACAUUCCAACAGCUCCCCCAGGGAUUUGUUCAGAAGGGGAGUUCACAAGAGCAGCAAAAAGUUGCUCGAGCAGAGUCAAAAGCUGGAAAAGCUGUGGAGUCACAUUUUCACCGGCACGAUCGGCCUGACCGCCGGUUCCGACGCCUGGUACCGCAAGUUAAGGGAACUGCUCGAGACGCAGCAGAGCCAGCCGGUGUGGAUCUCAGAAACAAAGCCGGAGGAAGCGCUGUCCGACGAUUUCCUCUUCCCGAUGACGUCGCGCCUCUCGUACGCCUCGUCGCCCGAGUCGGACCUCGAGUUGUCGCCGGAGCCGCGCUCAACGGCCGCCGGAGGGGCGGCCGUGCCCUCGGCCGGCCACGUGCUGCACCAGCACCUGCUCGCUGGGGGCGCCGGCUCGACCUCGCCCACCAACCGGCUCGUCCGCAGCACCAGCGACCCCAGCAUCGCCACCCAGGAGGAACUCGGCUCCAUUCCAAACUACUCCGGUCCGCCUCCCUACACCCUCGUCCCCCCAUACAAGCAGAACGCUGAAAAUCAGGCGCGAACGCCGUCUUCGAACGGAACGGGCGACGUCCCUUCGAAGCGUCGCUCGCAACAGCCGGACUCUUCGAGCAAGUACGGAUUCGCGCACCAGAAUGGCGACGACUACGGCACCCAGCCGGUGGGGUCGGGCACGCCCGGGGGCCACCACCACCACUUCCACCCGCCGGCAGGGUCGCACCAGCACCACCCGCCGUCGUCGCACCACCACCACUCGCACCCUCCCUCGUUCCGGUCGCCACUGGCGCACUCGCCGCCCCCCACCAGGAGACAAGCGUCCGAGGCGCCCGUCGGAUCUUCGGCUUCCGAAUUCCCGCAGCCGCCCCACAGGCAGUCUGAACCGCCAGAGUUGCCGCCCAGGGUUGACAGGACCAACAAACCACCCGGAAAUCAGAGGACUCCGGGCUCUAGAUCGGCACAAGAGAGGCUUUUCGGAGACACGGGCGAUGCAAAUUACAUGAAUGCGGGAGUGCCUGGCCAACAUUUGCGUGGCAAUUCCUCUCUUGAGCGAGGCCAGCAUCCUUCCAACUUAAAAACACAGAGCAGCUACGACAGCGUUUCGUCCUACGACUCGUUCAACAGGAUCGGAUCCAACGCCCACGACGACCUCAAGUCGAGCAACAACGGAGAAACCACCCCCACUUCACCAAGGUCACACGACCCUUACAGGUUCACCAGGUCAACGGCGCAGCCCGUCAAGGCAGAGAGAAGUCCAAUGACCAAAGGACCUGGACCUGAGUAUCCAAAUAAAUUCAGAUCCGAGUACAAGCCAUCCCCGCCACCCAAGGGUGGUCUCCCUGGUUCUCCCUCCUCGCACCCCACGUCGUACAAGCCAGUGCCGCCGCCCAAGCCCAAGAACUACCGACCGCCGACCAUGCAGCAGAACGGCGACGCCAACGGGUCUGACCUGUACUGGCGUCGGGAGGAGCAAGUCAGUCACACAAACAACACGUCAUCUGGAUUCUACCACGCUCGCUCCUUCUCGGUCGGCGAGGCCAUCACGAACGGUCAGGGUACCCAGAUCAACGGCAGGGGCGACGAAGACUCAGGACACGGCUCCAGUCUGGACCGCAACUACAACCACCAGCAGCAGCAGUACCAACAGUACCACGCCACCCCACCACACAGUCACCACAACAGCCCAAGCAAAUCGAGGGGUGGAGGUGGUGGGAGUCAGUACUACUACAACGUGCCAGCCGCCGUCAGCAACGGCUCGAGACUGACCAACGGUCACCACAGGAGCGACCCCAGCAGCGGCCUCGACCUGGCCAACCGCGAGCAGCGAGGCAGCGCUUUUGAGCUGUACCGGAAGCCGGCCGACCCCCGAACCCCUCCCGCGUACAUCGAGCAUGGAAUGCGCUCGGGCCUGGUGGAGGUGGCCGCGGCCAAGAGUGUGAUCGGCGCCGAGGGCGGCACCCUGUCCGACGCAGGGGUCUCUCUUCACGUGCCGCCUGGUGCUUUGCCUGCAGGCUGUCGCAAGGAAAUCUUCUUCAGAGUGUGUCGCUCGGAUGACCCCAACAUCCUCCCUCCGCUCGAUAAAGGUGAGGAGUUGCUGAGUCCGUUAGUAAUGUGCGGUCCGCUGGGCCUGAAGUUUCUGAAGCCAGUGGAGCUGAGUGUGCCUGUGAGUGUGUUGAUGCAGGACGGCGACGAGGACGACGAAGAGCCGUGGAACUUGUCGCUGCGGUCCGGCGAGGUCGACGCUGCCCUCCAGCCGCAGUGGUCGCCCAACCUGCAGAUGACCUCGGUGCCCCGGCGCAAGGGCUGCCUUAUCAGUGUGCUCGUGGACCAUUUCUAGGUUGUCAGUGCCAAUCAAUCAAUGUAUGUGCAUUUUCCUCUGUCACUCGUCGAACGGCCAUUUAUUUUGGAAUUUUUUUUUUGCAAUGUACAUAAUACGAUUACAUGUUAUAAAUAUAUUAUAUUAUUUGGCUAAAUUGUAGGUUUAGUACUUUUACUCUCGCCAACGAGCUUCAUGACAUUUUUGCCGUUAAGAGUUAGUUGCUCAGAAGAAUGUUUGUUGUUUUAUAUUUCAAAUUGGUGCAGAAUUUUUGUAAUUUUUAGAAGAGAAUCCAAGUGCAAUAAUAACAAAACGACCAAAUUUUCAAAAACCACUGCCUCUAGUGCAAUAAAUUGCUAGAAUUUUAUUUGCGUAACCACCAAUUUAAAAUAAAGAAAAAUCAUACGUAUAAAAUGCUUAUAUAAAUAAUUGUAAAAAUAAAAUAAAAGAACGAAACUUUUAAAUAAGUCGUUUUAUUUGAUAACAAAAAAAUUGUCCUGCGUGUUAACAAAAAUACAUUCACUACGACACUUAUCAGAUUUAUUGUCAGUUAAUUAUAAUAUGAACAUUGGAGAUUUUGACGUAUAAAAUGCAGAAAUGUACACAGAUCAGAUAUUUUUUGUG